AUGGGUUGGUUAACUGCAUUGAAGUAUGGCAUAAGAGUAAGGGAAGAAGCCUUAGUGAAUCGGCAAGAGAUCAACGGAUUUGUAGCACCUCCGAACAUUUCAUUAUAUAACCCAAUUCUGGGAGAAGAAUGCUACCAAGCAACAGGGAACAGAAGAAAAUUCUUAUCUUCGUUUUGGGAAAUAGUUUUAAUCGUUCUAGAUGAAACUUUGUUUGUCACAAAUCCAUAUUUGGAAGGUGGAGAAAGAUAUGGCUGGGAUCCGGAAACUGGGAAACCGCCAAAGAAGACAGAGAAGACGAGUCAAUUUCAUAACAAGAAUCAAUAUCAGAAUAAGUCAUACCAGAAAUGGAAUAACCAUCAAACUACAAGCGGAAGUGGUUCGAGUGGAGGAAAUGGUUCUGGUGUUUCUGGUGGAGGAAACAAUUAUGGUGGAUCUGGUGAAGGAUCAACUAUGGUAGGUAGACCUUUUGAAAAGAAGAACUGCCAAUGUGGUUACUUUGGUAACAAUUUUGACGAGAAUUAUAAAGAGAAGAAAGCAAUGGAAGCAGCUAAGAAUAAGCAACCUGAGAAGUAG